CGCCGCGCAGGAACAUCCCCCGCCGGCAAGAUAGGCUGGGGCCUCCUCUGGAUAUCCUGCUGGAUUCACUGAACUGCACAGCGUUCAGCGUGCAAUGGAAGAUGCCAAAGCAGCACGCGAGCACCAUCACGGGGUACACGGUCUUUUACUCAGAAGUUGAAGGUGACAAAGCAGUUAAACAGCUCUCACAUGAUGUUCCCCUGAGUUUGGAUAUGAUUAGCAUGGGUCAACCUGAAGGGCAAGCAAUUUUUGAUGUUGUUAUUGGCGACCUGAAGCCGGGCACUCGGCACCGCGUUAGCGUUGGAGCGUACGGCUGGGCAGGGAAGGGGCGGCCCAGCAUGCCCAGGGACGUGACAACUUUAUCCCAAGAUAAGUGCAUGCCUCCUGUGCCCCCCUCUCAGCCCCAGGUCGUGGUGGUUUCUGAUUCAGAAGUUGCGUUGUCCUGGAAGCCUGGAGUGAGCGAAGGAAGUUCUGCCAUCCAGUACUACACGGUGGAGUUUAUCAGGCCAGACCUUGACAGCAACUGGACAGGAAUUAGAGAGCAGAUCCAGAUGGAGUCCAUGGUUCUCAAAGGACUUCUCCCCAACACGAAGUAUCAGUUUGCCGUCCGAGCAGCGAACUCCUUUGGGUCCAGCCCUGCCAGCGCCCCGAGCGAUGUCAUCCGCACGUUCGGCUCUGAGGAGUUAGGAAGUGGAAGCUAUGGGCAUCGGUACAUCACAGACACAGUGACUGGUGAUGGUGAUGGAUUUGAUAUUGAUGAUUCAGACUAUGACAUUUAUAUAGAAGAGCUCAGACCGCUUCCUGCUAUUAAAGGAGGCAACAGAAAAUUUCUGGUCGAAACUAAGGUUACGCCAGGGUCUAGUUCCAGGCUGCUGUCACGGGUGCUGACAACCACCUCUGAACCCACUGCUUCCCCUCCUACCACCUCAGGCCCAGCCCCGGCGAGGGCGUGGGCAGCGAGGAGGGGCAGCAUGUCCUCGGCUGCUCGCCUGCUGGAGCUGUCCUGCGACGAGGCCGUGUGCUCUGCAGACAGCUUCUGCAUCAACGACUACGACCGCGGCGGCUCACGCUGCCACUGCAACCUGGGCAGAGGAGGGGACACGUGUGAGGAGGAUAUUAGUAUCCAGUAUCCUCAGUUCUCUGGCUACUCAUAUAUCACCUUUGAACCACUGAAAAAGUCCUAUCAGACGUUUCAAAUUACCCUUGAAUUCAGGGCUGAAUCUGAAGAUGGUUUGCUGCUCUACUGUGGAGAAAAUGAACAUGGUCGUGGUGAUUUUAUGUCAUUGGCAAUUAUCCGACACAGCCUCCAGUUCAGGUUCAACUGUGGCACUGGAGCUGGAGUCAUAACGAGUGAAAACAAAAUCAAGCUGGGGAACUGGCACAGUGUCACCUUGUUCAGAGAUGGGGUGAAUGGCUGGCUCAGGAUGGACAGCAAUGCUCCAGUGACAGGGAAAUCUCAGGGCCAGUACAGCAAAAUCACGUUCCAGACUCCCUUCUACGUCGGCGGCGCUCCCAGCGUGUACUGGCUGGUGCGGGCCACCGGCACCAACCGCGGGUUCCAGGGCUGCGUGCAGUCGCUGAGCAUCAACGGGAGGAGGAUCGACAUGAGGCCCUGGCCGCUCGGCAAGGCGCUCAGCGGCGCGGAUGUCGGUGAGUGUAGCAGUGGCAUCUGUGAUGAGGCAGCCUGCAUCAACAGUGGCACCUGUACAGCAAGCAAAGCAGAUUCUUACAUUUGCCUUUGCCCCCUUGGAUUUAAAGGUCAUCACUGCGAGGAAGCACUCACCUUGGCCAUACCUCAGUUCAACGAAUCCUUAAGAUCAUUUGCUAGCACACCCUGGCCCUUGGAACCACAGAAUUACCUUUCCUUCAUGGAGUUUGAGCUGACAUUUCGUCCAGAUUUAGAGACUGGUGUCCUUUUGUACAGCUAUGACACAGACAGCAAGGACUUCCUCUCCAUUAACAUGGUGGCUGGCUACGUGGAGUUCAGGUUUGACUGUGGCUCAGGAACAGCUGUUAUCAGGAGUGAAGAACCUGUCAGUCUGGGCCAGUGGCACGAGCUGCGAGUGUCUCGCACGGCAAAGAAUGGUAUCCUGCAAGUGGACAAACAGAAGCCAGUGGAAGGGAUGGCAGAGGGGGCUUUUACGCAGAUAAAAUGCAGCUCUGAAAUAUUUAUUGGUGGAGUCCCUAAUUAUGAUGAUGUGAAGAAGAACUCUGGGAUCCUCAGACCCUUCAGUGGGAGCAUCCAGAAGAUUAUCUUGAAUGACCGGACAAUUGAUGUGAAACAGGAUUUCACUUUUGGAAUCAACCUAGCAAAUGCUGCCCACCCCUGUGUGACCUCACCAUGUGCAAAUGGAGGCACCUGUGUUCCCAAGAAGGAGAGCUAUGAAUGUGACUGUCCCCUGGGCUUCGAUGGGCAGCAUUGCCAAAAAGGUAACAAUGGCUGGAUAUCACGCCAGGGAUCUGGAGCUGAUCGCAAAAAUAAGGAAGAUUUAGCAUUUACAACUGCUGCUGUACACAUGCCUUUAAGUAAAGCCCCAUAGGCCAGAGCUC